UGACGCAGCGGAUUACUACACAGUGCGUGUCUGCGCGAGGACAGUGAGAGCGAGAGGGGGCAACGGUUCAUGGUGUAACAUGGGAUUACUAUCAAAUCUGUCACGUGGUUUGGUGCGUGGAGCUGACCGGACAGCAGAACUCACAAGCAAGCGUGGACCCCGCAGCUUCUACAAAUCGCGCGGAGCCAAACCAGCAGGGGUAUUUACUUCCAGUGGCAAAUUUAUCAAAAUCAGGAAAAUGGUGCCUGAGUUCGUAGUCCCUAAUUUAGAAGGUUUUAAACUAAAACCCUAUGUGUCUUACAAAGCACCAGAAGGAACAGAACAACCUCUGACAGCCAAGACACUCUUUACGGAAACCAUUGCUCCACAAAUAGAGAAGGACUUUCAGGAAGGGAAGUUUGACCUGAACAAUCUUGAAAAAUAUGGCUUUGAGCCAUCACAAGAGGGCAAGCUCUUCCAACUAUUUCCAAAAAAUUAUGUACGUUGAUAAGAAUUGGAUUAUUUCCUACACUGAUUUUUGAGAGAAAUAGAAAAUAGUAGCCAUGUAUGAUAGUAUCUCACUAAAACUACACCUAUGCUGGCUAUUACUCAAGUAAUUAUAGUUUACUGGACUGGAAUAUUGAAAGAGAAGAAAUGUCAAGUCCAGUGUUUACAUCCAGACAUGUGGUGUGUGGUUUUAUAUUACUAAUUAAACCUUGUCUUUCAUUA